AUGGACGAAGCUCACACAGGAGUUCAGUGGGGCACUGCAUGUCAGAACGUUAGUGAGGAAGAGGAACCAUUUCGCGUAUGGUGUGGCCUGGUUGGCGAGCUGAGGUCGUUGUUGGAUGUCCCGUGCUUGGCGCUAACUGCAACUGCCUCUGCAUCCACAAGGAAAGCUCUCACAUUAGCAUUAGGACUCCGCAAUGCUGUCGAAAUUGUGAAGAGUCCUGAUAGGCCAAACGUCCAUCUCUCAGUCAAAAGAGUAGCUCCCGACUUUGAGACAACUUUCGACUGGCUUCUAAGAAUGAUUCAGACGUUAGGAGUGGCCUGCCCCAGAGUACUGGUGUACUGCAGAACUCAGAAUGCCUGUGCGUCAUUGUAUUUGCACUUCAAACACACUCUUGGUAAGAGGGCUUUCUCUCCAGAGGGUGAAACUUUGGUUGAGAAUCGGCUUGUGGAAAUGUAUCACUCCAGCACCCCUGAAGCUAACAAGGAGGCAAUAUUGACAUCUCUGAGAGCUGUUGAUGGCAAGUGCAGAGUGGUAUUUGCCACAAAUGCCCUAGGCUUAGGAAUUGAUGUGAAAGGAUUGCAUACAGUUGUUCACUGGGGACCAGCCAAUACUCUGGAAAGCUAUAUGCAGGAGAUAGGUCGGUGUGGCAGAGAUGGUGGACAAAGCAGAGCCGUUUUGUAUUAUCAUGGCCAGCAGCUGCAGCACAUUGAUUUUGAAAUGCGACAAUAUUUGUUUGAUUCCGACACAUGCCGUCGGAAAUUGCUGUUGUUACCCUUUGGUGCACCCCCUGUGCAACCAGAAACUCAACACCAAUGUUGUGAUGUGUGUGCAAGAACGUGUAGCUGUGCAAAACCAUCAGAUUGUUCUGGUAUACAGGAUAUCUUUUGGAACAGUCAUCAUCAGGAGGUCAGGGAUGGUGUUCAUCAUAGAUCACAUAGACCCGUUUCACUGCCUCACAUUGCCUUAAUUCAGACAGCCCUUCUUGAGUAUAAAGAAAUGGAAGAAGAGAUAUUUACAUCAUCAGUACAGCAGCCACAAUAUUCAUCAUGUACUCAUGUUAGACCCAUUUCAGAUGAUUGCAUCCAUGAGAUUUUGUCCAACCUGACUAAUUUUAGUCAGUGGGAGGACAUUUUGAAUUUGGUACCAGAGUUGAAUGACAGUCAAUCAAAAGACAUAAUUGAUUUAAUUAACUAUGUAUUAACUUAUGAGUAG